AUGUGUUCGCGGGAGUCUACAAACCUUCCGGAGAGGCGGCGGUACACGUUCGCGGAAUCUCUGGCAGCAGUAGACAGGAACGCGGCAGUCGACCCGUGCAGCGCCCAGUGGAUACUAAUAUGGAUGUACGGCGCCUACGUGGACGAAGUUCCGAGCGAUUCUCAGCGUCGCAACAUCGACGUAUUCUAUCGUACCCUGACAGAUAUGUGCAAAAAUGGUCAGCAGUGCUUCCAGCGCUUUGUAACGGAGUUCCCUCCUCGUACUGAUAGCCGCCGCGCGUUGCUGGGCUGGGUUCAGAUGGCCGAAAACUCGUGCCGCAUCCAGAACAAAAUGACGCCGCGCAUUUUCAAGUAUGUUGUCAUAGUGCCGCGUCUUCAAUUGCUGCAGCUACGGCGAGUUGAUGAAGCGUUGGCGGUACCCAGAUGGUUACAUAUGAUACGCCUUCUACGGUAUCGCAGCCCCCCAAGUGAUUGA